AUGAUAUUGAUAAUUCUAUAUUGUAUUGAUAUAUAUAUAUAUUUUUUUCUUAAAUGGAAUUUAUUAACAAACAAAUUAGAUUUCUCUUCUAUCGAAGAAAUUUACUGAACAAGCAAAUAAUAAAUAAAAUACAGAGGAUAAGUACACAAUUAAAAUCAAAGGAAAUAAAAAAAACUUUAUUUCCAUUGUUGGAUACAAACUAUCCAUCACAGGAUUUAUGUUUUAAUAUACGUAAUGAUAUAAUUAAUCAACAUUCUGUGCCUGAAAAUACUGUAGAUAUACAAAUCUUUGAAAUAUUUAUGAUAGAGAAAAAAUUUGAAACUGCUAAAGUUUACUUUAAAUAUUUAAAAAGCAAAAAUUAUCCUCUUAGUAAUUUUGUUCUGAUAAAAUAUCUGCAACUACUCAGUGCAGCCCAAAAGCCGCUAUCGAAUUUCGAAGAGGAAGAAGUUUUACAUAUAUGUGAUGUAAUAAAAAAGAAAUAUGAAUGUAUACCGUCCUCGAUUUUAUUCAUUUGUGUUCAUGUUUUAUGUUUGACUAGUAAAUGGGAAACAGUAUUUGAUUUAAUUAAAUUUAAUAAUAGCGAAAAUAUAAAUUCCAAAACAAUGUCAUACAUAGCAGUAGCAGCAUUUCGAAAUGGAAAAUCAAACAUUGGAUUUGAAUUUAUAAGUGAAAUAGAGUCUAAUAAGCAAGAUAUGUAUGGACGUCAAUACAUAUAUGAUCAAUAUUUGAAUUAUUAUAUAGAACAUAAGAAAGAUAAAUUGAAUGAUGCAAUUGAAAAAAUGUUUCAUUUUUGGAGAAAACAUGAUAUAAUACCAAUACAGUCUAUUGUUAAUAAUUUUGUAGAUACUUGUCAAAAAUCAGGAUGGGAGGCACAUUAUACUAAAAUUAUUUUAGAGGGAUAAUAUUCACAAACUAUUUAAGUCUGUGUUAUCUGAAAUAGUAAUAGGUCAUGAUAUUUUUCAAAAGACCACUCCAAGUGAAUUUAAUAAAUUUAAACAAUUUAUUGAUAAAACGAAGCCAUUUGACAUUGUG